GGUUGUUCACGAUAGAGCGCACUUGCAUGUUUUUAUUUUCGUCAAUUAUUUUCGGAUUUAUUUCUGAAGAUUCAAGGAAAAAACGAGUCGCAAUGGCUUCUGGAGGUAUUCCCACGCCAUUUAUGGGAACUGGAGUUAAACAAGAUCUUCAUUUAUUGUGCAACAAGUUUAUAUCUAUGGGAUCCAACAGAAUUCGAGACUUUGCUGAUGUUUUUCGGGAUAUGCAUUUUGAGACCAUUCUUCAUUAUCGAUUAAAUCCUGCCGAAUGCUUAGAGUUUACUGAAUACCUGUUACAACACGCAGCAAUGUAUUUCGGAAAAGUGAAUGAAGUUGGAGCAUUCAGGGCAUUCAAGGAGAGGCUAUUCGGAGUUUAUGUUUGCUAUGCGUUGUACAAUUUGCAGCCAGUUGAUCAUGUCUGUCAGAUUCCGGUCACUGCGGUACAAUUCGAAGAGCUUCUCGAAUUUCAAAAAUCUUUAGAAGUCGAAAAACUUCUUGAACCAAUUGCGGCUCUCAAAAUGCUUAUUCUGAAGAAAGCGUUUAGAAUUAAAGUGUUUCAGUCGACAUAUGAUCCGGCAACCCACAAAAAAUACCUUGCCGAGGAAGAGUUGCCCUAUUUUAACAAAAUUCCAGUUGAGCCGUUUUCCAGUGUUACGAAAAUGCUCAGUUCUGAUAUUAUGACGGAAUUAUCAUUUAUUCACGGAGUUUACACAGAGGCUAAGCAAAAACUUGGACUAAGUGAUACUCUAACGGGGCUCAAAUCACCAUUACACGAAAUCAAGGGCAUUGUCGAAAAAUAUAAAGAACAGUUCGAAAGUUCUCCAACAAAUCCAGAAAUUAGUAGCGCUCCAGAGGAAACAGCUGGUUCAAGCAGAUCAACUUUGAGAAGUAAAGCAUAUGCUGAAGGACUAAAACACACUAGACAAAGAAGGCAUCUUGAUCCAAACAUGGAAGAAAACUUCAAACAUCUUACCGCAAGAACGUUUGGUGACAUCGCCCAGGAAUGUUUGGAUGAUAAUGAUGCUCAGGUUCCAAUCCCGAUUGAUCGCCCUGUAAGACAACGGCGACGCAGAAAAACGACAACAGUUAAUCCUGAAGAGUUAUUAGACGAUAAUGCAUUGGCUGAAGAAGUUCUACGAAAUGAGUAUGCUGCCAGAAUAAAGCCUGAAAUACCUGAAGAUUCAUUGGGCGGUAAAGUAGGCAAGCAGGGAACAUCGGGAGUUGCAAGAAUUCGGGCACCAAAACGUGCAAAUGCGAAAUUGGUUGAAGUGAAACGAGAACAAAUCCCACAAACUUCUGCUCCGAUAACUGCUUCCCAAAUUGACGAAUCAUUCACAUCGCCUGCGAACAAGAAGAACAGAAAAUCGGCCAGCGUAGUUGAAGUGAAACCUCGAAUCAGUGAUGAAUGGGCCAACAAACUGCACGCAUGGCAUGGACAAGUCGAGGCUACGGAUAAACAUUUGAAAAAGUUGACAAGUCAAAUUAAGCUGGAAGUUAUUGAAGACGAAGAAACAUAAUCAUUUCAUUUUCCUUGCUAACCAUUUUUUUUAAUGAAAAUUAUACUACAUGAAUUUUUUUUUUGAAAAUUAAAUUAAAUUUGCUGCUGAGUUGCCUAU